UAUUAUUAUUAUUAUUAUUCGUCUAUUUUUGAGUUGCUCGUUUCUCACAUCUAAUCACGUUUGCGAAACCAAAGGAUUGUAAAAAUCUUGUAUUAUCUAUAUGCUAAUGGCUUUAUUCGGUGAUAUAAAAAAAAACAUGAAGGUAAUGCAAAACGUAAAUAACUUGCUCAGAAGUAGACAAAAUGAACUUUUUUUAUUCCUUCACGUUUCCAAUGUAACAUAGGGCUUCAAGCUAGAGAGGCUUGAACUAUCGGUAGCAGUGGUAUUUAUUUUUAUGGGAUAGGGUUGCUAGCCACAUGUCCAGCCUUCCCUACUUACCAGUCUUAUUACUAGCUUAGCGAAGUAAAGGAGUAGGUCAGCCAGCAAUCGAACCCCGGACCACAUUAGACGUGGUUGGCAUGCAUUUUACCGCUGUGCCACCGACUCACAGAUAAUAUGAAUAACUGUAACAUUAGGGGAUACAAUAUUAAGUACAGUUCAAGCAAAUUCACUCAUUCACUGAUAGAUAGAGCUCGUUUCUGUUAUCAUCAUGAAAUUAUAUUAAUUCAAUUUCUGCGUCGGUGGCACAGCGGUUAGGACUCUCACCGAUCAUGCACAUGCUCCCCUGCCGACGCAUACCCAAUAUCUAUGGUCGGCCUGCAAAAUUUGGGCUACCGAUAUCACAUACUGAAAAUUCCAUACCUGUAACAAAAAUACGGUGUGGAAUCAAGCUAUAAUCAAAAAAGAAAAAUAGUAUACAUACAUUUUUCCUUAUUUUUAAGGAGUGUAAAACUUAAUUCAUUGAUUUAUAGAGAUCUUUUUAACAAGGUAUUCCUGAGUAACAUUUUUCACAACUAUUCAGAAUUUUCAUGUGUACAUUCAUCUGAAAAUGUUUGUUUCUUAUGCUUCAGAUGAACCAAUUCAGCAUACUGGCCCAGUGAUAUCAGCUGAUCAUUUAAAAGUGACAGAUAAUCUACGAAUAUGUAUAUCUGGGUCAACAGAUGGCAUUUGUACAUUUUGGGCCAUCAUUGGAUCAACUAUUCCAUUAAACAUGGAACAGACAACUUCACGUUUUGAAUUUCUACGCAUGAAUUCAAUUACAUGGAAACCUCUGAUCUGUUUGACUAAUUCAUAUAGACAAUGCAAAUAUCCUAUAAACUCUAUCGUUACGCAAAUAUGGUUAACUGAUGAUGAUGAGAAUGGAAAAUCAACUCAUUACUUUAUUUAUAUUGCUUGUGGUUAUGAAGUUUGGGUAUUACAUAUUCACCUUGAUUAUUCUAUUCUUACUAGUGAAAUUAAUGUUGAAAAUACGAUUAUGCAAUUAUUUAGUACAAAAGGGAAAUUGAAUAUAUCACUUUCAGAAUUAUCAGCGUUAUGGACAUCUGAGAAGGUUGCUGAAAUUAAAAAAUACAACCUUGAUCAUGUUGUCGUCCAGAUGUCUGCAAUUAGCCAACAACCAGGUGUUAUUUCUCAGUGUGGUGUUGUAGCACUCCUUUCGAAUGGAGAAGUAGUUAUUAUGCCUUAUGCUUGUGAAGAUGAUGAAUUCCGUCAUAUUCGUGUUCAAAAUGACUCGCUCUCCAAUCUUUGGUGUACUUCACUCAGUACGUAUGCGGGUGGUGUACUUGUGGCGCAUGCAGGAUCUGCUUUAUUCUACCCAUACGCUGAUGAGAAGUAUCAUCGCAAACCUAGUGGUCUUCUGAUUUCCGCCUUCUCGUGUCAGGACUAUUAAUUUCUCGACCAGUCCAUAACAAUAAUUCAGCGACGAGUACAUAACAAUUUGGCGACGGGGAAAACUACUAUUAACCACACAGCAGCAACAACAUAACGAUUUACUAUGGAUCCUUCUAAAUUGGAAUUAUUGUUUGAACGACAAACGAAAUUAAUGGAAAUGUUCGUCAACCAACAGACUGGUCCAGCUCCACCUUCAAGCAAUCCCAAUCAUACCAUGCUACCAUCUGUCGACGGAAUUGUGAACAGCAUUUCACAGUUCAAUUAUGACCCAGAGGCUAAUGUCACUUUUGACACAUGGUAUCAACGUUAUGAGGAUUUAUUCACUGUUGAUCUCGCCUCACAAGACGAUGCCUGGAAGGUGCGAGUUUUGCUACGUAAAUUGGGUCCGGCAGAAUAUGAACGGUACUGCAACCUAAUUUUACCACAGAAACCACGUGACAAUUGUUUCGAUGAUACAAUAAAGUUGCUGCGUGAACAUUUCGGAGACCACUCCUCAUUAUUCAGUAUACGUUAUCGUUGCCUCAAGCUGGCAAUGAAUGAAAAUGAUGAUUUUCUUACUCACGUUGGCACAGUCAACCGAGAAUGUGAGAGAUUUCGACUCAGGUCCUUAACAGAUGAUCAGUUCAAAGCCUUGAUUCUCAUAUACAGUCUCCAAUCUCCUCGUUUCACAGAUAUCCGAACUCGACUGCUCAAUCAGCUAGAACAAAAUCCCAAGUUAACAUUACAUGACAUAGCUGAUGAAUAUCAACGGCUGAUUAAUCUGCAGAAAGACACACACCUGGUCGAAUCAACACCUCCGAGAAGCUCUGAUAUUCGUGCAUUACGCAAGAGCAAAAAUCUCUCA